AAAUACAUGACUCACCCCUAUCCAUCUUUGUUCACCACUAAUAGGCCGGCGAGAAAAAUUCCGCAAAUUUUUCGAUUGAUCUACAAGGCAGAAGAAAUUUGCCCUUAAACUAGCAUUGCUACCCUGCAUGUGGACUCUUUGACGUAGCUGGCCAUCGAAUGCAGCUAUGACCGGGAAGCUCACUAUAAACAGACUCCUAGCGUUGCUGGCGCUUCUCAGCGCACCUUUUCGCGUCCUUUGCGACGACGACCAUGACCAGUACGUGAAGCGAGAGCACACCCUGGUGCGUCCCUUUCAAGGUGUCGGCGUGAUUCUUCCUCACUGGGACUUCAUGGGCAACACCAUGAUCACCAGCAACUACAUAAGACUGACACCGGACUUGCAGUCGAAGAGCGGUGCCCUCUGGAACUAUUCACCGGUUAUGGGACGGAAUUGGGAAGUGCAUGUUGGCUUUAAAGUCCACGGCAAGGGCACUGAACUGUUCGGCGAUGGAUUUGCUAUCUGGUACACCAAAGAGCGCAUGAAAACUGGACCUGUUUUUGGCAGCAAGGAUUUCUUUUCCGGUCUUGCAAUUAUUCUGGACACCUACAGCAAUCACAAUGGACCACACAAUCACCAACAUCCCUAUCUGAGCGCGAUGGUCAACAAUGGAAGCUGGAGUUACGACCACGAUCGUGAUGGCACACACACCCAGUUGGCCGGCUGUGAAGUGCGUUUCCGUAAUGUAGACUACGAAACUUUGAUUAGUAUUCGUUAUGAGAAUGAUAUUCUAUCCGUGUCCACCGAUUUGGAGAACCGAAACGAAUGGAAGAGUUGCUUUGUUGUCAAUAACGUGGAACUUCCAACUGGUUACUACUUUGGAAUGUCUGCCACGACAGGCGAUCUGUCCGAUAAUCAUGAUAUUCACAGUUUUAAGUUUUUCGAUGUUGAUUCAAACAUAAGUCACGAUGAAAUUAUACGUCGCACUAACAUCAUCCCCAAUGCCAAGACCUUUGAACCACCGCGUGAGCACAAGGAUGACCCAAAGCCGGGCAUGUCCAAUGCGAAAAUCUUCUUCAUUCUACUAUUCGUUGUGGUCGUUGCGGCGGCGGUUGCCAUUUUCGCCAUCUCCUACUUUAAAGAUCGCAAUGCGCGAAAGCGCUUCUAUUAAAGGUCGUCGGCCUAUUAAGCUAGUCCAUCGAAACAUCAUGUUAGGAUUAUCCCGGACCUUAAAGUUGAUCCCCAAAGUUUAUUUAUGUACCGACUGUUCCCAUACGUAUCACCUUUUAUUACUUUCCUUAAUUUUCCUGUAUGAAAUUUUUUCGUGAGAGAGGGUAGACAUAAUAUUACACGUGUUGGAGAGUUACAUUUAAGUGCAAAUUUUUAAUCUGAACUAUAGGAAAAUUGAGACCGUGAGAAUAUUAUUGCAUAGACAGCAAGAUUAAAAGUCAGCAAACAAAUA